AUGGCUUCAAACUCAAAGCGUCCCAAAUUAUGCUCCCACAAUAAGGAUAGGAUCAGUGGGUUGCCAGAUGCACUUCUUUGCCACAUUCUUACCUUCUUUUCAAUCAGAGAUGCUGUAAAGACCUGUGUGUUAUCACAUAGGUGGAAGAAUGUGUGGGCUUCUGUUCCCAAUCUAGAUUUCGAUGAAGAAGAAUAUAAGCUAGACUAUGUUGUCCGUACUGUGCCACAACCGCAUAAUGUUGUUGAACUUGUUCUUAGAUUGGGGGAUCCUCCCUUGCUGGAUUUUGAGAUUCCGAGACGUCUUUUCAUGUGCAACACAUUGGUUAGUUUAGAGUUGUUUCUUCACGAAAAUAUUCGUGCUGUUACUCCUCCCUCAAAUUGUUUCCCCUGUCUCAAGUUCCUAAAUGUAACAUUUUGGUAUCCUGAUUCUCAAACGUUGGAGAAGCUGUUUUCUUGUUUCCCUGUACUUGAAGAUCUUAUUAUAGAUGGACAAGAUGAUGAUGCGUCAGCUUUCCAUCUUGUUAUAUCUGCACCCAAACUGAAAAGACUGCGAAUUAGUUUCUUUGUCCGUAAACUUGCUAGGAUAACUGUUGCAAAUGAUUCUUCGGAUGAAAAUUAUGGGUGCCAACUUUUUUUUAGUGCUGAUGCUCCAAACCUUGAAGACUUAGAUAUCUACUAUGAUUUUCUGUGUGAUGAUGACAAUGAGGAUAUUCUUGUACAUGAAUGGGGUGCACCAGAAUUUGCAUACAUUUAUUUGGUUUCACACCUCAAGACUGUUUGCCUAUGGGAUUUCAAGGGGUGUCCAAAUGACAUGGAAGUGGCAAAGUACUUGGUGAAGCAUGGCAAGGCUUUGAAUAAGGUGACUAUUUAUACUCACUUCAGUGAAGACAAAGAGAUGGAGAUACAGUCUCCCAUCACUGUGUGA